UGUUUUUAUCCACGAGUUUUUAAUACCAUAUCGCGAACGAGCUAGUCUUCAAGCGAGUGAGCCCAUUACAUAUUAGUGGGCUUAUUACAUAUUACAUGCUUAAAAAAUAUCAAGCUGUUUUUGUUCUCUUCGAGGAACUGAGAAAGAGACAUUCACAAAUCUUGAAGCGCCAUUUCGAUGAUAAAACUGCAAAGCAAUACUUCCCGCCAAAUUUUCAGCAGGCGUCAACAAAAAUAUAACGUGCAACCCGAUUGGCCCAACCAAUUUAUUAUAGUCUAUUUGAUUGGACAAUUCAACAGUGAAGUGAUAUGAUAUCAUUUCGCUGCCGUGAAAUAAUAUCAUAUCACUUCGCGGUUAUCGUUUCUAGUCACGACUUUAUCACGGUGACGUCCACAAAUUCCUUUAUCGACAACGUUCCUCUUGAAAUUUAAACCUGCUAGGAAACAGCCUUCGUAAUUUUGACUGUUUACGUUACGUGUCUUUGCCUGUUAUAGAAUAUCCCGGAUGCCUGUUUGAACUAGAUCAUUGUACUUGGGUGGCCAGCGGUGCUUGGCGGAUGAGCAAGUUUUCUCCAUUGCUGUUCUUAAGAAAUGAUUGGCAAAAUAAUGUCGGAGGAUUUACUUAUUUCAAGAGUUGCUACAAACAAGCAGCAUGUUACGGGUAUUUGAAAAGUCGUCCCAUUUUUGCCGGAGCGGGAUGGAAGUGUUUACAGUUUUGGUAUUACCUCGGUACUUUCGGAUUCACUUUUCUCGAAGUGGCUUUGAUUUCUAAUCAGACAAGAUGGACGGCAUGGAGUUCGACUCCAUAUCAAAAGAAUGUGGGCGUCUGGUCUUACGCUCGGUUACCCAUUGAUGUCGGAGCUACGUCCUAUCAGGUUGUAUUCGAAGGAUGGAAAUCUUCCCGACGCGCAAUCAUUGCCAUUGAUGACAUAGUUUUUCAAACUGAAAGUUGUCAAACGAUUCCCUGGCAAGGUAGGCAGAAAACAGAAAACUGGUUGAGAUUAAAUCAUAGAGCCAUUAACUAUCGAGCUAUCAGCUAUUAGU